AAGUCGUUUGCUCAAUGAAAGCCUUAUGAAGUGCGAGGAGGAUCAGACAGCGCUGCCCCGCCGAGGCGGCGAGGAUACAAAAACUCUUUUCUCCGGUUUAGAUUCGAUAGUAAAGCGUCGUUAAUAAUCUCUAAGAGACGGUUUUGAUUUAGCUUAUGAUCUGUGGCAUGCAUGCGUGCGGCAUACAGGUCAAUCGCGGCAGAUGUGUUAUGUAAAUAAUGCACUUGCUUUCGCAGCAUUGUGGAAACAGCAAGCCUGAGAGAUGCUAACAGAGACUAUAUCAGCUCUAAAUCCAUCUGGGCUUUUUAGAGCAAUCCGAGAAAGGACGACGUUGAAGUUGCAUGGGGCUGUUUUCUUUACAUGCGGAUGAGAACAUUGCCCUUCUUUGCAAAAAAGAGAAUAUCAAAUUUGGAUCUUGCCUGGUCAACCGCUUACAAUGUUACUAUAGGAAAGACUGUGGCUGGGAGUACAUGUUGAUGAAAUUGAUUUGUUCAGUGAGCUCAAACCAGAGCAGCCAGACUCAUGAGUACCCAGACUGCCAGGAAGGGGUCAGUGAAGCCAGCCUGCUGGUGUCCCCUCUGGUGGUGGCCGGCAUUGUUAUCGGCCUGGUGCUCUUCCUCUCCUGCGUUACCAUCAUUGUGGGAAGUCUGCGCAAAGACAGCCGACUGCGCAACCCCCACCUGCGUGCCAGCUACGCUCCAGAUGGCCUCUCAUAUGGGGGCUCCAUUGGAGAGCUGAGGUCCGCCUGCAUUGAGGAGUUUCCCCCUGCUUUUGACUUUGACUCUUAUAUUGAGACCCUGUCUCAAGUCAAUGUCAUGUACCCAGACUCUCCUCCUCAUUACGAUGAAUGUGUGGGACCAGGGACCCAGCUGUAUGUUCCUACGGAUAAUCCACCUCCUUACUCCGUCACAGACCCAUGCCGGGGGGCGCCACACAACUACAGAGAGAUGGAAGACCUGCCUGCUGGUGCUUGCUGGGUGUCAGCAAGCAGCUCUUCUCAAUAUCCAACCAGACUGCAGGACUUCAGGCAUCAGCCAAUCGCCUCCAUCUCUUUGUCAGCCUUACCUUUAGAGGAGGCUCCUCCGUAUGAGGCAGUAGUGAGUGAACAAAACCAUCCCCUCCCUCUGAUGCCCCUGGAUCUACUCAAACACACCAGAGAGGGCAGCGGCCCUCAGGAUAGCAUUCCCCACCGGAUCCUGUAAUCCCUGCCUCUCCAGCACACUCAUGUAUCACCUGUACCAAACCAGCUUUGAGAGGGACUCCUUUGUUUGACUGGAGCCUCCUGCAUCAAGGGAGACUCGGUGAACUCAGAACUGUAACAGACAGCUGCGGAACCCCACAGUUACCUCUUACAUCAACCAACACGGCUUUCAGACACUGCAUUUCCUGUUUCAUCGAACACAAAGAGGACCGCCAUGAGAGCAGGGCUAUCAACCACUUUUUUGUGUAUCACUUUACGCUUGCGUGUUGUGUCAGUAGCUAUGUGUCUGCUGAUGGACGUAUACAGUAGAUGGUUUCGGUAGAUGGCUAAUUUCAUAAAAUAAAUCAUAAAAAUAGUACUCUGGUCAGUUCACGGCAACUUAACAAAUAUCGUAUCAGUUCGUAAUAGUGUAAUCUACUUCAUAUAGAGUAAUAAAUUUGCUUUUGUGUGAAAGAGUAAGUGUGUGAGCAAGUGUGGAGAGGUUCACAUAUGUGUGUUUAUUUCUGUUUGAAUGUCAGUGUACUGAAAGAAUUUCUUCAAUUUGUUACAACCUUGAUCUCCUUGGUUUAAUAUGAUUGGUUUUAACUAUUUACUUUUCUGUCAGGUUCACUACUGUCAAAAAUGAUUGAAAAUUAGAGUUUAGAUUGGUGGUGUGGUUCUUUUCUGGGCAAAACUCCCUGCCCAUCCAUGCGGCCAGCAUGAAUAAGAGCAGGGAGCGCAGCGAUAACACCCAUUAGGGUAAAUAGAACAGAACAUUAGUUCUUAAUGACAUUUAAGUGUAACACAUAAUGUAAAGUAAUUGAGACUGUGAAAAGGAAUAACAGUCGAAUCCCAUUAGAAAAUGUGAAGUGGAGCUGGGGAUGGAGGAGGGUAAUUUGCUCCUGAGCAACGCGAUAAGCUGCUGUUAGCUAAAUGAAAUUAAAAUUUCUAUAAAAAGCUGAUGCGGGCUUGAAUCACAUGACCUGCCAGAACUAACGCUAUACGCUUGAUUUUGUAAUCAGAAACUUUUUUUAAAGAAUAUACUUUGUACAUUUCAUAGAUUAACUUGCAUAGACGAGCAGUUACAUGAAUGUCAUAAAAUCAGAAUGCUAAUACACAUUUUAUUUCUUCUUAUUUUCUAGUACAUAGAUCACUGUGAUUUUUUUUGCCAAGACCACUGCUUUCUGGAAGUCUCCUGGCAAUGCUACUUUUUAAAUAAUUAUUAGGAGAACACCAGACGUGUGUGAUAAGUUUGUUGUCCAUGCAUAUGAAAAUAAAAAACAAUAGUUAGAAAGGGCUGUAGCAGACAUUUUCCCGAAGGGUGUUACAUUAUUCUUUAAAGCUGCACUGACGCUGUGUACAUUAUAAUAGAAGAGCUGAGACUAGUAACAGCUCAGUGGAAAAGUUACUGUAGCAGUGAUGUCAAUAUAAGAUGGUUCUUGCUAGACACUUUGUUCUUACAAAAAAAAUUUUUUUUUCAAAUUUGUUCCUAAAAUGUUUGCCUGGUUUUGUCAUCAAAUCUGCUUCAUUCAUUGUUACACAAAAGGUUUCCCUGCACAUGCAUGUUUCUAUUCAAUGUUCCUAUUAAUUACAAAGACUGUUAGAUUUCAGAACACUGUAGAAAUGAUAAAAUAAUAUUUUUACCAACAUUGUUUUCUCCUUGACCCUGAGGUUUGUAGGUUUUACCUUUUUAAUAUCACUUAUAGAAGGUUUCAGCGGCAACAACAUAAACAAAUGUUAUGUGGCCCAAACUUAACUUCCGGUAGACCUCCGCAAAGAAUCUAUAAUUGCGGAGUUUAAAAUUAAUUUAAUUUAAUACAAUUAAUAUUAAUAUAAAUUAAAUAUAAAUUGUUAUAAUAUAACCAAACACAGACCGGAAGUUAACUUCGGGCCAGCGCGUGCAUCCGAUGAAACUGUCUAUAAAAAGAUAUGUCAAAAGGAAUAUACAUUUUUUAGAAGCAUAAAUUUAAAAUGGCCCAGGAAAUGACACUGCAUGACAUCUUUAUCUCACCACUUUCCAUUCCCGCACGAAAGUAUAUACAAAUAGAAGAGUAACUGAGAGAUAUUUAAAUGAAAUUGGUGCAUGAGUGCAUAUUUGUGUAUAACUGAAAUGAAUAAUAAAUGUCCCAAUAUUUCUUUUUAUUAUUGUAGUUUGAAUUAAUCUCAACUUUAGACAUCCGCAUUAUGGGAUUUUUUUAACACUCGUCUUCUGAAAAACAUUAAUUUAAUCAAUAAUGAGACCUCUGAGGUAGCAUAAAAAUUUUUUUUAGAUCUUCGAAAAGCUAGCUUCUAGCUUCUCUUGUCUGUUAAUAUACCUCCUAAAGGCACACUGUAAACGUUUUUGCUGUAGUUAUGCAGCUAGUUGCCAGUAACGUACUGUAGAUUUAUUUUUAAGUAAUUUAUUGGCAACAGUUUGUUCAAAGAUAAAUGAAUAUUAAACAUUAACAAGUCUUUAUCUUUACAGAAAAAAACGAUAAAAUAACAGCCUCAUGCAAAGCAUUCUGGGAACCAGAAAUCCACAUAAACCUUUUUCUGUUUUUUUUCUAAUUUUGGUUCAAAGAAUGCUUUGCAUGAGGCUGAUAUUUUAUAGUUUUUUUUUCUGUAAGGAUAAAGACUUGUUAGUGUUUAAUGAUCAUUUAUCAUUGAACAAACUGUUGCCAGUAAAUUACAUAAAUGUAAAUCUACAGUAAAUUACUGGCAAACUGCUGCCAGUAAUACUGUAAUUUCUACAGAUUUUUUUACAGUGAAUUGUAAUGGUGAAUGCCUUAGAAGGAGUGGUCCAGAAUUGAAAUGCUUUAACAUGACUAGAGGUGUAUUAUCUGUUGCCACUUCACUGUAAUGCUGACAUUGUGUCUGUAGCAAUUCUGUGUGCACUAUAAUAAAAUGCACACAUACCAGUCACAUUUAAAGAAAUCUUGUCAAAUUGUAAAUCUAAUGUUUUUAUCAUUGGCUUUAUUAGGGGUUUGUGUUUCAGUGGCACCUAAGGAGCUGAUGUUCAAGAAAACAUGUGCAACACUAUUUAGCCAGUUUUACGGUUUCAUUAGACCACAUUAUGUGCAGCUUCAUUCUUGCGUGUUAUGUGGAAAUAGUUUGUUUUACCCUAGCACCUUUGCAUCAAGCCCAUUAUAAAUGUUGACAUACAUGUAAUAAAUCUACAUCUCAGAUGUGUCGUUUCGUUGUCACUAUAUUGUGCUCAGCUGUCCAAAGUGAUAAUACUGUUUCAUAAAGCUGCAGAUGUUGAUUUAUGUUUUGUAUUAGAGUCGUUAUUCCCUUACCACUGUAACCAGAAAAAGUAAAUAAAGAUACAAGACUUCUUUCAAGA